AUGCUAGCUCGUCCGUUGCUGGCCUUUUUACGCGAAGCUACACUCCCGUUGUGUUAUCCUCACGCUCUUCCGAUCGCGUUCAGACGGCUUCAUACAGGCCCUUCAUCCCUGCCGACGCCUCCUCCUUUGGAUACUCUCACGAACGCAAGUAACAGCAAUGAGGCACUCGCAUGGAUAUUCGCGUUCAAGAUGCAACAGAUUCCAAAAAGUCUGGUGGAGCUCAGCUUUUCUCGCAGUUCAGGACCGGGCGGACAGAACGUGAACAAAGUGAACACCAAGGCCACCCUACGGUGUCCCUUGAAUUCAGAAUGGAUUCCUCUAUGGGCCAGAGAGCACAUUCGAAAAACGCCACAUUAUGUUUCAACUACACAGUCCAUCCAGAUCACCUCCACCGUCUAUCGGUCUCAGUCCCAGAAUGUCCAGGACUGCCUUUCCAAGCUUCAUGCCCUGAUUGUGUCCGCAUCAUCCGCGUCGCUUAUAAAGGAAACCUCUGAGGAGCAAAAAGAGCGGGUAAGGAGACUUGAACGUGCGGAAAAGGCCAAACGGAAGACCGCCAAGGUCAAACGGAGCGAGAUCAAGAGGAGUCGAUCCAGCCGCGACUGGGACUAG